UCUGGCAACACUGUCCAUUGUUUUGUCUGCGCUUUAUUUUGUUGUCUUUUGUUAAAUCGCGUUGCAAAUUUAAAGAAAUGGCCGAGGAAAUUGACGACAACGACUUUUACCGCGAGAACUUCAGUGCGGACUCCGAUUGGGAGGUAUUCAACGCCCAACUGGGAGAAAUUCUACAGAAAUGGGAUGUAUCUGCCGAUGUGGCCGACGUGGGCCGCAGCUUCAAAGCCGAGGAAAUCUUCCAGUGCAAGUGGAAAGUGGAAAGGGAAAAUCUGGAUGUGCUGAGAACAAGCAUAGAGGUGGAGUACCACCAGGCCAUACUGGAGGAUGAGAAGGAGGACACCAGCAAGGAGAACACCUGUUUGCAACGCACGUAUUGCCACCACGAUCUGAUGAGCAGCGGGAAUAGCUUUGGACCGCCCAUAAGGAGCUCCCAGGAGCUGCACACACUGGCCAGAAUCUACGGCCUAAGGCGUUUUAUUGUCCUGCAUCCAAUGAGUCCCAAUCUCAAGUACAUGAAGUCCACAUCGGAGUUCAAUUUCUUCCUGAGCUCAACUGCCGUGGUGGCCGCUGAAGUUCAGAGUGUGGUUCCCAUCUUUGUGCAGAUCUACGAUCCGAAAUGGAAUUUCUACAUGGGCGUGGCCUUAGCUCCUGCCCUAAGGACCAAUUUCAGGCUCGUAGGGUUGGAGAAGGCCCCGUCCGAGUGUCGAUUCCUGAUGGGUUUGCUCACCCUGUUCAGGGAAAAGGUGCCCACAUCGUAUUCCCAGGCUGCCAAGAUCUCUGUGUGCACUACGUAUGCUCUGGAUACCAUGCGCAUUCGUGUGCCCAUGUAUGUGCCCUUUGAUCAUGGUCUGUGCUCUGAAGAUAUAGUCGUUGACGGCGAAGUCUCGCAACUGGAGCUGGAGCACUUUUAUGCCUUACCGCAUGGCUAUACACCCGAAUCUCGGACGGAAAUCUACCUAGUCUACACCUGGCCAGAGUUAUCCGAGCAUGUGGCCUUUGACAGCGAACAAAGAACUGAUUUUGUGCCAUCCAAGGCUCCGCUGGGAAAGGUUUACCUAUCCGUCGAGGCUUUCUCGUAUCUCUCCAGCUGUCUGCAUGAUUAUCAGUCUGUGGGUGAAGUCACCAGAUCCCUGGAGUCCUAUGUGGGCAGGAAUUUCUCGGGAGUAAGCAGCGGAGCAGAGGCAGGAGCCAACCCCUUGGAUCGUAUCACAGAAACCAAGCUAACGCAGCGCAGAGAAAGGAGUUACGAGUUGCCCUCUCAGGCAGGUUUAACCAAGAAGCUGCCGGGACCCAUGACUGAGAGCGAGUUGAGUGAAUUACUGGCCUAUUUGUUCCCCGAUAUGCAUCCGGAUAUGGCUUUGUAUCCCUAUGCCAAAAAGAGUUUCAAGGAUAAGUUCGAUCCCAUGCGCAUUAAGAGUGCUGUUCCCGACUCUCUGGUCUGCCGUUUGAGCUGCCUGUUGGCCACCUGUCAUGCCCACCUGGGCAGCGUCGAGGGAAUGGCUCAAUUGUGGGCGGCAUUUACGCGACAGCUGCGACUCAUUUGGGAUAACUCACUCUUGGUUCCAGGAAUUUCCACUGGUUUUCCCGACACGCGCACCUGUCUGUUGCACCAAAAGUUGCAAAUGCUUAAUGUUUGUGUGGAACGUCGCGUGCAACGCGAGGCAAAUAGCAAAAGGAAAUCCGACUUAGUGAUCAGAAAAGCCAAUUCCGAGGAAGAUGAUGAGGAAGAAGAUGAUGAUGAGGGCGAGUUCUUCGAUUGCGAUGAUAUAACAGCCGGUUCUGGUUCUCCCUUAAAAGCUGUACCCAGCCUAAAACCCGAAGGUCGUCUGAGACGUUUAAAUGAAGAGAAAUUACUGGAUGAGCCCGAGGAGUACUUGUACAUACCAGAGACCCAAGAACCUGUGCCCAAGACAGAGGAUCAGUUGCAGGAUGAUGCUGAGGUUAUGCUAAAACUGGGUCCUGGUUCUGGUCUAACAACUCAAAUGAUGUGCACUUCCUUGCUCUCGGAUAUGGAGGCCUUCAAAGCAGCAAAUCCCAGAGGGAUAAUGGAGGAUUUUAUACGUUGGUACAGUCCCAAGGAUUGGGAGGAGGUCACAGAUGAAUUGGGUGAGGUGAAACAUCAAUUGAGUGUCCGAAUGACCACAGAGGGCAAUACCUGGCAAAAGGUGUGGGAACAGGCUCAGGCAGUGCCUGUAAACCGACAAAAAAGACUCUUUGAUGACACCAAUGAAGCCUUGAAAGUGCUUCAUUAUCUAGAGACGAGGAAAAUGCAUGAGAUUUAUCAAUUAACCAUAGUUCCCCUUCUACAUUCGGCCAUACUUAAACUUAUUGACAUCUUAAGUAAUGCCAAUGUGGAGGACUUGUUCAACUCUCAGAUUGAGCAACUUUUGGCCGAUCUUUGUAGACUCUCAAGAUCUCAUUCUGAUGAAUUACCUCCUCUGAAACCCUUACUAGAUGACUUGGCUGAAUUGGAACGUCGUUUUUACCAAUUUAAAUGCUUUGAGCGUCUCUCAGGAUGUCCCAAAAGGAGUUCUCUUUCCCAAGUGAAGCUACAGUUUGAGGAAAUCCUUCGGAAUGAAAAUUGUUGCACAAUUGUGAAUCGAAGACUGACAGCAGCUGGCGAUGGCACUCUCUAUGAUAUUCUUAUACCUAAACUUGAGCAGGAUAUGACAGAUCGUUUGAUCAGCAAGGAUUAUAUUAUCCGAUUAGAUGGAGAUACACAGAGCACCGAAAAAGGCCUGUAUUUAGGACCACAAUUCAUGAGAGCUAUAGUCACAGGCGAAAAACUAAGACUUUGUGGAGCCUUUACGGAAAGUACAGCAUUUGUUUAGGAAAAGGAUAUACAGGAGCCUAACAAAAUGAGAGAUCUUUGACUAUAUUUAAAGGGAUUAACAAAAAAAUCUUCAUAGAAGUUAUUAAGAAUGAAAAGUUAAAGUGUUCGCUUCUCGAAAUUCCACACAGCACAGUUUAAAUUUAUAAAAUAUAAACAUAAUAAUAUAAAAUAACUUAAUAUGCUAUAUAAAUUUGGUG